UAGUCAUUCAUAACACCAACCUUGAGCAGAAGGGGUUGUACCUCAUCCAGUGGCUCUCGCGGGGGGGUGCCAUCAAGCGGCUCUGCAGCAUCCUUGGCGCAACGAUCGUCGUCCUCAUCGAGUACAAGUGCAAGCUGGCAGCCGUGGUGAAGACCCUGAAGUUCCACUACUACCGCUACUUCCUCGCUGAUGUCCUCGCCGAGAUGAACACCUUGAACAUGUUCUUUUAGAGCGAUCGUUAAGUUCUCUAAGUUUAAUUUAUUGCACUUGCUCUGUCCAUUAUGCUUGUCAUUAUACCCUGGAUAAUGUUCUCUGCAACAUUCACACGUGUUUGCUCCUACUGUUUAUUGACAUGCAAUUCUCUGCUCUUUAUGCUCACCAUCCUACAGGUGGACAUCACUAUCGUGUCUCAAGAGGUGGACCGUACACUCACAUACAUCAGGCACCGCUACAUCGAGUACGGCGCCACCUUCGGCGGCGGCAUGAGCAAGAAGCUCUCGAAGCUCCUCGAGUGUCUCGGCAAAGGCAAAAAGAGCAUCAUCGUCGCCGCCGUGGACAGUGAUGGCCGGCCGCACAGUCAUUCAUUCGAACACAGCAAAGAGCGUCUCACUUCAACACGUUCGGGGGAAGCCAGGCAAACUGCGAGGAGUUGUGCAGUGUGAUGGCGAAGGAGUUGGUCGCCAACGUAGAGCAGCGGCUGUGGGACGUGAAGCGCCUUGGUGGCGCGGGACUCUUCAGGAUGGAGUGCUGGCUGAAGAAGGUCGAGGCGGGAGUGAACCAGCGGGCGGCAGAGCUGGAACUAAGGACAUUCUGUCACAUCAUGAAGAACCACCGUGCGGAUGACGAUUUCAGCCAGGGGCUGGCCGUUAUGCUCAAGACCCGAGACUGGCCCAAGAGCUACCCGAACCUCAUGAGGCUGUGGCAGGCCAUGGCAGUGCUGCCAUUGAGCACUGUUGAGUGCGAGAGGGGUUUCAGCAGACAGAAUGUCAUCAAGUUUUGGAUGCACACUAGCUUGUGUGACGCAAGGCUGGGCGAUCUCAUGACCAUCAACAUGCUCGACUAUAACGUCGACUACCCCGAAGUCGUGGACAUCUAGAGGAAGCAGAAGGCGUGGAAGCAAGCCAAGUCUGUUGUGUACGAGGUCCUCUAUAACCCUACUAAGAGUGUAGAUGAUGAUUCAAAUAAUUGUGAAAGUGCCUUUUCAGAGGGCUCUAGGGAAGAUGAGGAUGAGCGAUGUUGCCGUGAUGGUGGAGGUAUCAUGUAACAGUGCAAUUCUAG